UUACAGCAUACUUCCUCGUUCGGAUCUUGCAGUUGAAAAUCUUCCAAAGCUGUGUUUGUUGAUGUGCAAUAUAUCGUUAAAACCUCAAUAAAAUAGGCAACAGUUCAUGUUUGCCUUUAGAGAAGCUAAUUGCACGAUGUGUCGUUGUCUACACACCUGAGGAAACAUCAGCUGUGCGUUGAAAACUCUCUUUAGGCGGUGAACUGUUGAGUGUGCUUUCCGUGUGUAAGAUGCCACUAGUUCCUGCAAAUCAACCGCAGUUGAUUCGAUCCAGUCAAAAGGAUGAAUACUAUCAGACAUGCCUGAAGAAUAAUGCCAAUGAAGUUUUCCAGGCUUUCACUGGAUCCAGGCAAUGGCUGAAAUGGAGGAAGGAGGUCGAGUUGCUUUCAGAUUUGGCCUACUACAGUUUGACAACAUUCUCAGGGUACCAGACUCUGGGCGAGGAGUAUGUGAACAUCGUGCAAGUGGACCCCACCAAGCGUCGUGUGCCGUCGCUGACACGCCGCGGCGCGUUCGUCCUCUUCCACACCUUUGCUCCGUACCUGCUGGAUAAGCUGCUGGUGUGUCUGGAGAACGAGCUGCAGGCUGAGGACCGUCCCGGUCCUCACAGGGACUCUCCGUCGCGCUGGAACCCCAUGUUCUACAUCAAAGCCUGGGUACAGCAGGCCGUGGGUGCCCUGACGGAGAACCAGAGGAAGAACUUGGUGCCAGUGCUUUAUGCCUGUCAGCAAGGCAUCACUAUUGUGCACCGCAUCCAUGUGGCUUUUUUCUACAUCUACAGCUCCUACUACCACAUCAGCAAGAGAGCAACGCGUGUGGGCUAUCUGCGGGUCCUAAGCGGUGCAGGUGAUGAGAAGGCGAUCCGUAACAGCUACAGGCUGCUGGGCGCUGUCUCCCUGCUGCAGUUGGCCAUCACUCUGGUCCUGCAGGUCAACAGCCUCCGGCAGAGACAGAGGGCCAGACAGGAGUGGAAACAGCACAGAAACCUGCCCUGCAGCUCCCAGGCUGCCCCUUCUCCAUCCUCGCGAACAUCUCGCUGUAUCUUGUGUCUGGAGGACAGGAGGCACGCCACGGCCACCCCCUGUGGACACCUCUUCUGCUGGGAGUGCAUCACAGAGUGGUGCAGCAACAAGAGUGAGUGUCCUUUGUGCCGGGAGAAAUUCCAGCCACAUCGGCUGGUCUACCUGCGUGGCUACAAAUGAACUGAAGGCCCAGAGAACUGACCCUGACUGACAGACAGACUGUCUCGCUGUCCGUGCCCACUGGACUACCUUGUCGGGGGAAACGACCAGUGGAAGGGUCAUGAAAUAUUCAGAACGGUCAAAGAUGUGAAGCGAAUUGGAGCCACAGAGAGAUGGGACUUUAAAGGGUCAUGGUGGACAGUGCAUUGUUCCCCCGGUCUAAAGAUUCCUUGUUGUGCAGUGUGCAUAUAUUUUGAUUAUUGUAAUAACAUAUUCAAUGCUGGAUUGUAUCAGUCCCUUUAACUCAUUGUUAAUUAUGUUAAUUAAUAAAAUGCAAACUGUACAUUAA